AUGUUUUAUUACAUAAAUCAUAAACAGACAACUUAGACUCAUUCUAUUAGGACUAAGAAAAAGAUAAAAUAUAAUUAGUUCAAUUGGGUUGGUCUAAUUAAAUUAGUGCAGCUAGGGGAAGAAAGAUGUUGGUAUAAAAAGGAAAGAGAAUUGACAAAUAGAAAUCAAGAGGUUAAUCUAAAUAGAGGCUAAACAUAUGGCAUACGGCAGAACCGAAGAAGUACUUAUAAUUUAAGAGCGAAUAUCAGAUGCAGAAUCAGUAAGGAGUUAAAAGCUUUUCCGAAAAAUGAAAGUGGAUCCCCAAGGAGGGAUUGUGAUUAAAUAGAAAAAGUUGUUUUAGAAAAGGAACUAAUUGAGAUAGGAGGGAUUGAAAUUAUCUUUAAUUGGAUUAGCUAUGCUCGAGAAAAGGAAGGCAAGGAUAUUGUUUUGCCUCCAGAGAAUGUCUUUCCUAAAGGUCUAAGAAGUUUUUGGAAGAGUAUGGAUGCAGUAACUACCUCAAACUCUUAUUAAUUUGAAUUGGAAAUUUCUUGA